AUGACCAAAGAAAUUAUUUCUUUAAAACUUAAACGUAAAGUCGAAGACGAUCAUCUACGUCUACACGACAUUGACAGAAUUGAGGAAAUUUUAUCUCCUUUCUUUAAAGUUGCACCAACACUCCAUUCGACCGUGUCUGUGAGAUUUUUAUUUGACGAGUCUACAAGUAAUAAUAAUGACACGGAUUGCAUAGAAAACAAAGAUAACGGCAUUAUUGACGCCAAGAUAUACCAAAUUGGAGAAUUGCAAAAACUUGUCAAAGAAUUUCUAGAGUCAAAUUAUGACUACGCGCAAAUUAUCAGCACGGAACCAAAUCAAAUAAACUUGACAAUAAGAAGAAACAAAAAAUUUUGUCAAGAAGAAAAUAAUAAAGUUGACGAUGAUAGAAGUACAUGUAAUCAAGUACAAGUACGAGAUGCAAAUGCACAAUCUAAACACGUAAUCAUAAAUAUAAAUGAUAAAAGCGACGAUACAUUUGAUGAAAUUUACGAAUCGGGAGUUUCUGG